AUGGGAUUCGAAGAUUAGAUUCCACCAAUUCCAAAUAGAGAUUAAGAAAAGAGAUAUAUUGCCACAGUUGAAAAGUCAUUCUACGACUAACCACUCUAUAAAUUUUAUAUGAAUGAAGCAUUAAGAGAAAGAAAGAUGGAUUAUGCUGAUAAAUUAAACACAUUCAAAUAUGAAUGGAUUCUAAACUUUGCUGCUUCUGGAAUUGUAUUCAGCUUAUUAUAUUUUAUCCCUGUGUCAUAUUAAUAUAGAUAAACAUCAACAGGCGUUCCAACAUACUAUCAACCCAAGAAUAAAGCUGUCUUCAAAUAAGGAUACUUGCAAAAUUAAAAUUGGAGGAGAUUUAAAUUGUAUUCAUUCCUUGUUUUUGGAUCAGCAUUCAUAUUUGCUCAUACUUAUACAGAUAGAUCAUAAAUUCAUGAUGAAUAUUACAAUAAUGUGGGUGUCAUCAAACCAAAGUUUGAAUGAAUAAAUCGAUAAAUAUACAAAUUUUAAUUAUAAUAACAAAAUUACUA